ACUAAAGAAAAAAACACGACAACAUGAAUACUUUCAAAACCCCAUCACUCCUAAUCGUUGCGAUUAGCUUCCUGGUUAUUGCAACCAAUGCUCAAAACACUCCACAAGACUACCUUAACUCUCACAACACCGCUCGUGCGCAGGUUGGAGUACCCAACGUCGUGUGGGACACAACGCUCGCGACCUACGCAUUGAACUAUGCGAAUUCUAGAAAAGCCAACUGCAGCCUUGUUCACUCCAACGGACCAUAUGGAGAAAACCUAGCUAAGGGGAGUAGUUCCACGUUCUCGGGCAUCUCGGCCGUCAAACUUUGGGUCGACGAGAAACCUUACUACAGCUACACAUACAACAAUUGCACAGGUGGAAAACAAUGCUUGCAUUACACGCAAGUGGUGUGGAGAGACUCAGUGAAGAUAGGGUGUGCUAGGGUUCAAUGCACCAAUACUUGGUGGUUCGUGAGUUGUAACUAUGACGCACCCGGUAAUUGGGUCGGAGAGUACCCUUACUGAUCAGUUACGAAUAAAUCUAAUUUGAAUUA